AUGUCGCUUCCUGACGAAACCUUGCGCAAGGUUUUAAACGAACUUCAAAAUAGACUUGCUGAACAUAAACGACAAUUAUCAAACGUUAAGGCUCAAAUAACAGUAAAAGAACGUGAAAAACGUUUGGCUGAACUUACUAAAAAAGAAUUAUCCGCACUUGAUAAAGAUACUAAAACUUAUAAAUCUGUUGGAAAGGCGUUUAUUAAAACUGACAAAUCAGUUUUAGAUAAAGAACAAGAUGAUAAAAUUGCGAAAAAUUCAAGUGAUCUGGUCACCUUGGAUAACACUAAAAAAUAUUUAGAAAGAAAUAUUAACGAUCUAUUAAAAGAUGUACAUUAG